AUGUCAGACCCCGAACUCAUGUCCUACUUGGAGGGGAUGAAGAAAAAGUUCUGGAACGAACGUCGGCACCUUCAACAAGACGAGAUCAAGCUGCAGUGGGCAGCCAGGGCAGCUCCAUACACCAGCAUCCUCCUCGACACCCAAGCUCCAAUACAACCAUUAGAGCUCACCUCAACCCAGGGACACCAGAUGGCCCGCCAAUCCACUUCCAAAUCCUGGUCGGAAGCUGCGUCGAGGAGGCGUGCAUCCGAGGCCGUCACUCCUCUCGAACUUGGUCAAUGCUAUUAUAAUGCUCCUUCGUCAGAGCCAAUGUCUAGGAAACGGGCCAGGACUUCACAAUAUGGACCUGAAAUCGCUGCCGAGAAUGCAAUUAGUCCUCCAUCACUCGACACUAAUCCUUGGCAGCUCGACAGCAAUGCGCCAUACUGCGGAUACACCAACACUUCCACAUCUGGACCCAGCUUCAAAGCCCGACGAACAUCUGCAGGACGCAUGCCUAUAAAUAUACCAGAGGACUCUCCCAACAUCAGAGUAUACGAGCCCGCAGAAUACAUUCAGCAAUCUAGGGCUUUCACAUCGUCUAGCUAUGCAGCUAAUACACGAUCUCCAAGCAGUUUCAACAAUCACUGCAUUCCUCUAUCAUCCCUUGAACUGCCGUCGCCUUUUUCAGUCUCUCCAACGACGACAGUGUCGGAGAGGUUCACCAAUACAACCCCACCUACAAGCGCCGCGAUGAGUCGAGAGGACAGUCUCGCUGCCUCGUUUUGUGGGGCCUUUGGCAUGAUGAGAGCUAAUUCCGGAGUUUCAGAGAUCGAUUCAGGCCAGCAGAUGUACCGGCAAGACUCAUGCCACGGCCUCCACCUUAAAUCUCUCUCUACUGACGAACAAGGAGUCGGCACACCUUUCGAUCAGUCUCUAUAUUUUGCUCACGCUGAGGGAACGGCGAUUGAAACCUCACCAGCUUCAAUGCUUGCUGUGGAACAGCUGCAGCUGCAUACGACCUUGGAGCUUGACACGGAAACGAAACGAGACGUUUCAUCAUGUUCCAUCCCUACUGUGGAACAAAUACAAUCGCUUCCAACCAUGGAGCUUCACACGAAGAUGGUAAGAGAUGCAUCAUCCGACUCUAACAUAUCAUCGACUUCUCGGAUUUUUCGCCGGAGCCAAGAACAAAUAGCUCAGGCCGCACGCCCGAUCGCGCCAAAAGACGUAGCCGAGAGGCCAGCGUCCAAGCAAUCGUCCCUGUCUGGUAGCCAAGACAUGCUUCGCCAACGGUCAGCGCCCGAAGCGAAGGUUUUGAUUCCCAAACUCCAAUACAGCCGACAAACCAAAGAGAAGCUCAGAUGUGAAAGGUGCAACAAGAACCCUGAUGGUUAUCGGGGGUCUCAUGAACUUCAUCGCCAUAUGGCUCUUGACCAUAAUUCUUUCCGCACGGCUUGGGUAUGCGUCGAUAUCUCGCCAGACGGAUUCCUUUCCGGUUGCGCAGCUUGUGAGUCUAAGAAGCCAUACGGGCAAGACUACAACGCUGCGGCCCAUCUUCGGCGCUUUCAUUUUCAUCCAAAAUCCGAAGUCCGUCGGACCAAUGUGGAUCCUGAGGAGAGGCGAGGGGGCAAAGGUGGGGGAAAAGAUCCUCCAAUGAGCGAGUGUAGGCGGUGGAUGAGAAAGAUCAAGGUGCGCGGAAAGGACUACAUGGCGGUCGCUGACAGCGCCGUCGAUGGUGCUGGCGAUGACGCGGCCGAAGAUGAUGAAGAGUCCAAGGAGGAGCAGGGAGAGCAAGAUGAGGUGGGAGAGGACCUCUUUUUGCAUGGGAACGUCCAGAAAAACGACGAAACCUUGCAAUCACACGACGGCGCUGUCGGUCAGCACAUCUCUGCCCCUCCUCUCGACGGCGCAAAUCGUCUCGAGCUAGCUAUGACUAACGAUCGGCAAUUCACCCUUCAAGCUGUCGAUAUUCCUUUCAGUCGAUCAGGCUUCCAGUCGGGCUUCGAGACGUCUUUCGGGACAUAUUUUGACAGCAACGCAGCAAGCCUUUCUACUCCCAGCAUCAACCUCUCUUACUCCCGCCAGACGUUAUCCUCGUCAGCCCCAGCUGCAUCUUCUUUUCUGGCAAGCAACUCGGCAGGCUCUACGCACGCCCACGACAACUUCGCCAGCAGCACCCCCGUUUCACUUGAUAUGCCUUCAGCCAUGAGCACAACGAGAAGUGCUCAUACUCUGGAAGAUCUAAAUGCCUUCCAAGAUUCGUACAUCCCGGGUAAUGUCUCGUACGGGAUGCCUUCGCCGAACAAUCCACACUAUGGAUUGCUCGACUUCCCUCCGUUCCCCUGA